UACACACAUUAGCAACCAGAGUAGAAGACUGGCUAGUUUAGCCCUAGCUAGCUAGCGCGUUUGUUGACUGUAGCGAGGCUGUGCUAGCUAAUUGCUAACAAUCUGGAUUUAAGAAGAAACGGAAUAAAAACAUAACGCCAUUUUUGGGAUGCUUAUCGUCCGCGAGGUGUAAUAGCACAUGUUUUGUGUAAAUAUCCGCCGGCCCGUCAGGAUGUUGACCGGGCUCAAACUUGUUGGAUGAUCCUCCUGAAUUAGAAGCUAAAGGGCCUUGAGUCCGCGGUGCUUGGGUCAACGACAACCGGGAAUCGGUGUGAUCUGAGAGGGGGAGCAUCCAGCUACAGGCUAGCUAGUUAGAAUCACUGCACCAAAACCUCUCCUGAAAAUGUCACAUAACGGACCCCCUCCUCGAUGGCGGAAUUGUCCCAGAAGAGGACAGCCAGUGGCAGGUAAAUUCCUGCCAAUGAAAACGAUGUUGGGCCCCAGAUAUGAUGACCAGGUUGCAGAGGAGAACAGGUUUCACCCGAGCAUGCUGUCCAACUACUUAAAAAGUCUAAAAGUGAAAAUGGGUUUGCUUGUCGACUUGACGAACACUACUCGCUUUUAUGACCGCAACGACAUUGAAAAAGAUGGCGUCAAAUACGUGAAGCUUCAGUGCAAAGGCCACGGGGAAUGCCCUUCAAAAGAGACGACUUCGAUGUUCAUCAGGCUCUGUGAACACUUUAUUGAGAAGAAUCCCACAGAACUGAUAGGUGUUCACUGCACGCAUGGCUUCAACAGGACAGGCUUUCUGAUAUGUGCAUACCUGGUGGAGAAGAUGGACUGGAGCGUCGAGGCAGCUGUGGCGGCUUUCAGCCAGGCCCGAGCCCCCGGGAUCUACAAGGGAGACUACCUCAAAGAGCUUUUCCGUCGCUAUGGUGACGAGGAGGACACGCCCGCAGCCCCCGCGCUCCCCGAGUGGUGCUUUGACGAUGAGGAGGACGGGGAAGUGGACGAUGACGGUAACGCAGUGGGCCAGGAGUCGGGCCCCAGCUCCUCUGGGUCAGGGCCCGGGAAACGAAAGAAGGAGAAGCUGAAACUGGGUGCAGUGUUCCUUGAAGGCAUCUCAGUGAAAGGCGUCACGCAGGUCACCACACAACCUAAACUGGGAGAGAUCCAAAGAAAGUGUCAGGAGAUGGCCGAGUGGGACAAGUCUGGUUUUCCUGGAGCUCAGCCCGUGUCCAUGGACCGGCAAAACCUUCGUUUCCUGGAACAGAAUCCAUACAAAGUCAGCUGGAAAGCUGACGGCACGCGGUACAUGAUGUUGAUCAACGGGAAAAAUGAAGUAUUCAUGAUCGACAGAGACAACUCGAUCUUCCACAUAGCGAACCUAGAGUUUCCUUUCCGGAAGGAUCCGCGUAUCCACUUAGCAAAUACUCUGUUGGACGGGGAGAUGAUCAUCGACAAGGUGAACGGUCAGCCCGUCCCCCGCUAUUUGAUAUACGACAUCAUCAAAUUCAAUGGACAGCCUGUUGGCCAGUGUGAUUUCAAUAUCCGGCUGUUAUGCAUCGAAAAGGAGAUAAUUUCUCCCCGGAUGGAAAAGAUGAAGACUGGACAGAUUGACAAAACCAAGGAGCCCUUCAGUGUCCGAAAUAAACCCUUCUUUGACAUUCAUGCAUCACGCAAGCUACUGGAAGGCAGCUUCACGUCCCAGGUCAGCCACGAAGUCGACGGGCUUAUCUUCCAGCCAUGCGGGAGAUAUAAGGCCGGGAGGUGUGAUGACAUCCUCAAGUGGAAGCCCCCCAACCUGAACUCUGUGGACUUUCGCCUCAAGAUCACCAAAGUCGGAGGAGAGGGGCUGCUUCCGCAGACUGUCGGCUUGCUCUACGUCGGCAACUAUGACAGGCCCUUUGCAAAUAUGAAGGCCACAAAAGAGCUGAAACAGUACGACAACAAGAUCAUCGAGUGCACCUUCGCCAACAACACCUGGGUGUUCAUGAGGCAGCGGGUGGACAAGAGCUUCCCCAACUCCUACGACACAGCGAUGGCUGUGUGUAAAAGCAUCCGAGAGCCCGUCACGAAGGAAAUCCUCCUGGAGUACGUGGACCGCUGCGCUCAGGCAGUCCAAGCCCAGAACCGGAAGCACCCGCCGGACCCAGACUCUGAGCUCAUGCCCCCUCCCCCUCCAAAGAGACCCAACCGGGCCAUCCCGUAGCCCACACAGCUGGGCCUCAUGGACUGCUCUCCAGUCACGGUGUACAUCUCCAUCACCAGCUCCAUCAAACCCUCCCAACAGAAAACAGACAUUUCAAGGCUUUCUCACAUCAGCACAUUUGCUUUCCCAGCCCUCAGAAGCAUUUAAUUGACUGCCUCAACGUCAUGAAUUUACCUUGUAGACUUCUUUGUAGCUUUAAUUGCUGGUGUUCUUAUUAAAAUGAAAAUCACGAUGCUUUAGUUUAUUUUUUUUGUUUUGUUUUUGUUUUUGUUUUCCUAUUUAUCUUUUUUAAAAGUCUGAGCUAAUUGGUAUUUAUCAACAGGGGACUUUGUUAUGGCUGCGGUUAACACCUGACGACGAAGAACUUGUUUAUGUUUUGUCGACUAGUUCCUUAUUUGUACUGAAGGAAGAGUAAACAUCGUCAAAGCUC